UAUCUACCUAGUAUUAUGAAAACAUCCGAUUAAAGAAAAAUUUAAUUUUCGUGUGCAUAUUAAGUUGAUUUUUUUUGUAAUGGGAAGAAAACAAUGGAAAACGGACACUAGAAUUUCGUAAGUAUUUUAAAGCAUUCCUCUGGAGACUUCUAAAAAAAGGCCGAGAUGGAUCAAUCAGAGAAAGAUUCUUCUUGUGAUACGAAACCAGAUCUCGCAGUCAGACGUAGGCGACUUCAUUUCAUGGUCGGACCUAUUCUGCUCUUGUACUGUUUCGCACUUACAUUAUCCUUUGCAGUCACUGCCUUAUAUGCGCCUUACAUCAUCUCAAAAACACUUUAUCCCAACCGGAAGUUGGAGUCGUCAACCGGAUCAAUCUGCGAUACCAACCAUUCAGCGAGAACAUCCCAUGAAAGUACAGUCAUUCAAAAACAAGCUGCGUCAUUUUCUAUCUAUACGUCACUGCUGACCUCACUUCCGGCCGCGUUUUCUUCGGUUUUUAUUGGAACUCUGAGUGACAAACUUGGUCGAAAAUUUAGCUUUCUUACGGCCUUUACGGGUCAGUUGCUGAGUAAAGGACUUAUGGCUACUUGUAUUUAUCUGGAAACCAAUGUUUAUUUACUUUUGAUCGGGAGCGCCAUUGAAGGCUUGACCGGUGGCUUCUUGUUUAUCCUGCACGCCUCCUUCACAUACAUUGCAGACAUUACCAAAGAUGACAAGGAACGAUCGGUAUUCAUUACCCUGACUGAAAUGUGUUUAGGGGUAGGGGUAGUACUCGGUAAGGUUAUCGCCGGAUAUUUUAUCAAGGCUACGCAAUACUUUUACCCCAUGAUGACUGUCUCCUGCAUAUUUGGUCUUUUAAACCUCUUGGUCAUAUUCAUUUUACCAGAGACCAAAGAACGAAGAAAGGAUAAAAAUAGAAAUAAAUUAUCUUUCCUCUUCAAAGACACCAAAAAUGCCUUUUCUUUCUAUGUUUCCAAGAACGACGAGGGAACACGGUGGAAAUAUGUCAGUUUCCUGGUUAUAUUUGGCUGUUAUUCUUUGACUAUGACCGGCGAUACUUCCAUUUUGACCCUAUACCAGAUCAGUCAGCCAUUCUGUUGGGGUUCGGUAAAAGUAGGUUGGUACGGUACAAUUAAGUAUUUUCUUCAGAGCAUCUUGUGUUUGGCAAUGAUCAAGGUUUUUCAUAGGUGUAUGAAGGACGAAGGCGUUGCGAUACUUGGAUCCGCCUCGGCAGUUUUCUACUGUUUGAUCACUGCACUCGCUAGAAAUGACGUCAUGAUGUACAUAGCUCCAAUAGUUGGUUUCGGUGCAAUUCUACCGUUCCCGAUGAUCCGCGCCAUAAUGUCGAGAAUGACUUCUAAACACAAACAAGGUUCUCUAUUUGGAGGAUUAAGUGCGGUGGAAAUCCUAGGGAAUUUAGCUGGAAAUGCCCUCUUUAACACAGUGUACUCCCACACAGUGGAUUUUUAUAAGGGAACGGUGUAUUUUGUCAUGUUCGUGUGUGCUCUGAUUUCAUUGGUAAUACUGAGUGCAACAGCGUUCAUGUCUAGAACGACCACAGCUUCUGUGUACGAAUUAGAAAUAAACCUAGACGAGAAGAAAUACGGAACUUACAAAUCAACAGAAUCCAAAUCUACUUAAUUAUUAUUAUUUUUUUGUUCAACGAUUAUAAAGUAUCCUGCAUUCCAUACACCAGUACUG